CCUCGAUCUUACAACUGUUGUUGUUACGCGCGAGUGACGUAUUUCGCGCCACGCUGUAUGAAAAAUCUGUAUUUACAAUAUGAUGUUUCAGAAAUUGAGCUUAUGAUAAUCUGUUCUUCAUUUUUUUGAGUAAUUUUUCCUCCGACGUUGCUGGAAGAUGUCGUCUAGGUCAGGAGCUAGAGCUAAAGGAACCGAUGGGAGUGAUUUUGGUCAUCGGGAAAAAGUCGCUUCCCACUAUCAAAUAAGUUCCCAGAAUAAAAGCAGGCUGAAGACGACUCUCUUCCUCCAUGUGCUACUCUUUGUUUUCGAGCUGGCGAAGUUGUCCCCCAAGAUACUGGCCUACUUCGAUGUGUCCCUCAAGCAGUACAUCAACAUCACCCUCCCUCAGCCAGCCCUGUGGGAGUGGGCGUGGCUAGCGAGCAUCGUGUUUGCCCUACCCGCCCUGCAUGCAGUCCAGAAGAACAGCAUCACCUUCAUGAAGGUGUACCUGGGCGGUAUCUUUGCCACCGCCAUCUUGCCCCUGGCUUUCGCCAUCGCUUACCACUCCGGAGAACUGAGCUCGUACAUCAAGUCCGAGGAGUCCAAGGUCGAGAGAUUCUUCGGAGUGCCCGUCGUCCUGGUGACGGCUGGAUUCGUGGGCUUCGCCUUCCUGGUCCAUUCCCUGUCCCUGGUCUUCGCCAAGAACUUGAUGGACGCCUGGGCGCCCAAGAAGGGCAAGAAGAAGUCUUAAGGUGGACGAGUCUUUCAAGACAAAAUGUACAAAUCGUUCCCAAUAAAAGUAUAUUUUUGUUA